GGCGGUGGCGGGAUGUUCAAAUCCUGCUCUGAGUUGUACUGAACAUAUCGAGAUAUUAAUAAAAAAUAAAGACAACAAGCAGACGACAUGGAUUGUUUAAAUGUAGCCAGAAUUUUGCCUAAUUCUCCACGGAAGACAAGAGGACAGAUACAGGUUAUUUUCGGACCAAUGUUCUCAGGAAAAAGCACAGAGUUGAUGCGGCGUGUGCGCAGGUUUCAGGUGGCUCAGUAUUCCUGUCUGCUCAUCAAAUACGCCAAAGACACGCGCUACUCCUGUACAGGGAUGGCCACACACGACAUGAACACUAUGGAGGCCGUUCCUGCAAACCGUCUGCGUGACGUCGCUCCUCUGGCUCUCCAGGCCUGCGUCAUCGGCAUCGACGAGGGACAGUUUUUCCCAGACACCGUUGAGUUCUGUGAAGAAAUGGCCAACAUGGGCAAAACCAUCAUCGUGGCGGCGCUGGACGGAACCUUCCAGAGAAAGGCGUUUGGUAACAUCCUGAAUCUGGUUCCUCUGGCGGAGAGUGUGGUGAAGCUGAACGCCGUCUGCAUGCAGUGUUUUAAAGAAGCGGCGUACACCAAACGCCUCGGAGCUGAGAAAGAGGUGGAGGUGAUCGGCGGUUCAGAUAAAUAUCACGCUGUGUGUCGCUGCUGUUACGGAGGCCUGAUGAAGGAGAACCGCAGCCCGCAGAGAGAGGAGACGCCGCCGCACGCCAGCGCCGCUAAAACACUCGAGUACAGCACAGCCACGCGCAAACUCUUCACUGCACUGCAUCUGUGAGCGCACACACAUACUGAUUCAUCUGUGAGCGCACACGCAUUCUGAUUCAUCUGCGAGCGCACACGCAUACCGAUUCAUCUGCGAGCGCACACACAUACUGAUUUAUCUGUGAGCGCACACACAUACUGAUUCAUCUGCGAGCGCAAACACAUACUGAUUCAUCUGUGAGCGCACACACAUAUUGAUUUAUCUGUGAGCGCACACACAUACUGAUUCAUCUGUGAGCGCACACGCAUACUGAUUCAUCUGUGAGCGCACACGCAUACUUAUUCAUCUGAGCGCACACACAUAUUGAUUUAUCUGUGAGCGCACACACAUAUUGAUUUAUCUGUGAGCGCACACACAUACUGAUUAAUCUGUGAGCGCACACGCAUUCUGAUUCAUCUGCGAGCGCACACGCAUACCGAUUCAUCUGCGAGCGCACACACAUACUGAUUUAUCUGUGAGCGCACACACAUACUGAUUCAUCUGCGAGCGCAAACACAUACUGAUUCAUCUGUGAGCGCACACACAUAUUGAUUUAUCUGUGAGCGCACACACAUACUGAUUCAUCUGUGAGCGCACACGCAUACUGAUUCAUCUGUGAGCGCACACGCAUACUUAUUCAUCUGAGCGCACACACAUAUUGAUUUAUCUGUGAGCGCACACACAUAUUGAUUUAUCUGUGAGCGCACACACAUACUGAUUAAUCUGUGAGCGCACACGCAUUCUGAUUCAUCUGUGAGCGCACACGCAUACUGAUUCAUCUGUGAGCGCACACGCAUACUGAUUCAUCUGUGAGCGCACACGCAUACUUAUUCAUCUGAGCGCACACACAUAUUGAUUUAUCUGUGAGCGCACACACAUAUUGAUUUAUCUGUGAGCGCACACACAUACUGAUUAAUCUGUGAGCGCACACGCAUUCUGAUUCAUCUGUGAGCGCACACGCAUACUGAUUCAUCUGUGAGCGCACACGCAUACUGAUUCAUCUGUGAGCGCACACACAUAUUGAUUUAUCUGUGAGCGCACACACAUAUUGAUUUAUCUGUGAGCGCACACACAUACUGAUUCAUCUGUGAACGCAAACGCAUUCUGAUUCAUCUGUGAGCGCACACGCAUACUUAUUCAUCUGUGAGCGCACACACAUAUUGAUUUAUCUGUGAGCGCACACACAUAUUGAUUUAUCUGUGAGCGCACACACAUACUGAUUCAUCUGUGAGCGCACACGCAUUCUGAUUCAUCUGUGAGCGCACACGCAUACUGAUUCAUCUGUGAGCGCACACGCAUUCUGAUUCAUCUGUGAGCGCACACACAUACUGAUUCAUCUGUGAGCGCACACGCAUACUGAUUCAUCUGUGAGCGCACACGCAUACUGAUUCAUCUGUGAGCGCACACGCAUACUGAUUCAUCUGUGAGCGCACACGCAUACUGAUUCAUCUGUGAGCGCACACAUCUACACAAAGACAUUCUCACAAAGACACACACACAAUCUCUCUCACACACACACACACACCAUCACUCACAGAUACGAACACUAAUUCAUCUGUGAGUACACACUCUCUCACACGUACUUGCGUACAAACACACACACACAAUGCAUAUCAAUCUAGGCACAAUCUCACCAGUACAAACACACUGUACACAAACACAAGACUCAGACAAACACAUGCGCUCUCUCUCUCACACUCAUUGUAUACAAUCACACACACACACACGCCUGAUGUCUGUGUGCAUUACUCGGCUGUAUUUCCUGUACAUAUCUUUAACUAAUUUUACUGUGUGUGUGUGUCUCUCUCUCUUAGGUUUUAAAAUAAGCAAAUCUUUUGUAUGUUUAGUUUUAUUUAAAUGAUCUUGAAAGUAAUUUAUAUUUGUCUAAGACGAGACCAGCUGACACUAUGAAGCACUGCCAAACACUGACGUCUUAGGAGUAAUAGUCAAUAAAACAAAUAGAUUAUC